AUGUCUGCUCAUGGUAAAUCCCUGAAAACCAUUGAGGAAGUGGCUCUUCAGAUCCUCUUGCUUUGCCAGUUUGUGGUUGGAAGUUUGGCCAAUGUCUUUCUGUUUUUUUAUAAUUUUUCUCCAGUCUUGACUGGUUUUCAACGGAGGCCCAGGCAGGUGAUUUUAAGCCAUAUAGCUGUGGCCAAUGCCUUGAUUCUUGUCAUCACUAUAUUUCCAAACAACAUGAUGGCUUUUGCUCCAAGAAGUCCUCAAACCGACCUCAAAUGUAAAUUAGAGUUCUUCAUUCGCAUGGUGGCAAGAAGCACAAACUUAUGUUCAACCUGUGUUCUGAGUAUCCAUCAGUUUGUCACCCUUGUUCCUGUGAAAAGAGGAAAACUUAUACUCAGAGCAAGUAUCCCAAAUUUAGCUAGUUAUUCUUGUUACAGUUGUUGGUUCUUCAGUGUCUUAAAUAACAUCUACAUUCCAAUUAAGAUCACUGGUCCGCAGAAAAUAGACAAUAACAAUGACUCUAAAAGCAAGUUGUUCUGUUCAACUUCUGGAUUCAAUUUAGGCAUUGUCUUCUUGCGUUUUGCCCAUGAUGCCACAUUUGUAAGCAUCAUGGUCUGGACCAGUGUCUCUAUGGUGCUUCUCCUCCACAGACAUCGCCAGCGAAUGCAGCACAUCCACACUCCCAAUCAGAACCCCAGAGGCCAAGCUGAGACCAGAGCAACCCACACUAUCCUGAUGCUGGUGGUCACAUUUGUCAGCUUUUAUCUUCUAAAUUUUAUUUGUAUCACCUUUCAAACCUUUUUAAUAUAUUCUCAUCAAUUCCUGAGGCAUUGCAGUGAAAUUUUGGUUGCAGGUUUUCCCACUGUUUCUCCUUUACUAUUGAUCUUCAGAGAACCUAAUCAUCCUUGUUCUUUAUGCUUCAACUGUUAA